UCCCGGUACUUACUUUCAUAACUUAACGUUUACGUGGGAUUUCACAGUAAUUACUGCCAGCGGUGUUGCUCUGCCUCUUUGGCAGCGGCGUUACCCAGGAUUUACGAUUGGGGAAACCAGUUAAACGGAAGUUUGUCACAGGUUGAAAGGUAGGAGGGAACCAACGUCGGACUCCCGUGCUGGGACUGCCUGAGGGAUCAGGAUUGGGAUUCCUGACCUGAAAUUGUCGAGGAAGCCUUCUGACUCGACUUGGAUAAAGGCAGGAAGAAAAAAACCUGCAGCGUUUGCCUAGCUGCAUCAGAGUUGCCUGUCUGCGACAACGUACUCAGUACUCAUCUUUACAGUAACCAACAAACAGAAAUGAUAAGCUGCAAACCUGCAAAGCAUCUUCUCUAGAAAGAUACCCUCAUUUUGGAUGAAUGUUCUCACAGUCUAGGAGACUGAUUUUUGUGAGAAAAGAUUUUGCCAUUUUUUGUUUUCAUAAGAGGCAGAAAGGACUUAUGGAACAAGCAUUUUGAAACUGAAGCUUAUACAGCUUGACAGCCCUUGGGCUUUUAUAAUAAACAUCCCCAUGCAAACUGCAUUUUCCAUUUUAUAACUUCAUUAGAUACAGUGAGCUAAUAGUCAGAUAAUUUCCUCUUGAGAUGGCACUGUUUUUUCAAACUAGUCAACAGGGUUUUCAGACUUUGCUGUGGAAAUGUCGUCUGUUCUGGCCUGUUUCAAGAUGCCAACAACUAUUUGCUGUCUCUUUCAGCAUCCCCAAUAGGGAAAAGGUUAGCUAUUUCAGUUUUAUGACAUCUUCCAACACUGCAUUACCAGUGGGUUCCAAAAGAACUGAUGUCUUUCCUACCAAGAAAAGGUCUGAAAUUAAUUCUGAAGAAAAACGUGGAUGGGAUGAGGAGACUAAAGAAGUAUCUGAAGAGAAACGCCACUUUUCUUCCUCUGUUGGAGCUCCAAAGAAACGUUUAAUGAGUCAAGUUCUGUCAAGGCAUAAGUUUACCAACGUACAGCCUCCAGAAAAACCUUUGGAGGCUGAGGAAUGGAACAGGCUGAGGGAAAGCUUUCCGUCACCUGAAAUAUUUGAAGAAGUGAUGUUUAACAGUAUGGUCAGGUGCAACAGCCCCAUUGAUGUGGCUAAGUCCUUACUGACCCAUGUGGCAAAGAGUAACGGUGACAUUGCAUAUAAUUUGUUGGUCAAAUAUCUGGUAUUGUGUGUCCAGCAGAGGCAGACUUCAGAAAUUUGUGAUGUGUAUGAUAUAAUGAAAAUCAGAUUUAAAAUUUUAGAAAGUGGGGCUUACAACCUUCUUAUCAGGGGGCUGAGUAAUUCAGAUCAAUGGAGAAUGGCUUUGACUCUUUUGGAAGAAGUAAAAAAGAUUAUGACUCCCUCACGGACAAACUAUGAAUCCUGUAUCAAAGCAGCCAGCCGUCAUCAAGAAAUGAACCUCGCGUUUGAACUUUACCGUGAAAUGUUGGCUAAGGAUUUGAUACCAACCUUGGAUGUCCUGCAGGCUUUUUUUGACUUCAGCAGGGGUAUGAAAGGUGCUGAGUUACAAAAAGAGCUGUUUGGUAUCCUCUUAUAUUUGAGAGAGAACCAAAUAUACCCUCACAAAACAUUUAUGCGGAGUAUAAAGCUAUGGUUUGAAAGUAUACCAGGAGGGAACUGGAGAGGACACCUGACCAACAUUAAAGACAGCGGACAGUGCCCAGUUUGCAACCAUCAGCUGGAGGAUAGUGACCUCACCGAAGAGGAGUAUAAUAAUCUCAGAGAAAGAAUAAUAAGGGACGUGAUACAUGGAACUGACACUUUUAGAAAGACAAGCCCACAGGAAUUUGAAGCCUUUCAAACAUUUGUGGAAAAUCGACUUCCGUUUGAUAUUGUUAUUGAUGGACUCAAUGUUUCCCACAUAAAACCCAGAAGGAUGCAGUGUGAAAAUACUGCUAAAAAAAGAAAGAAAGAAAGAAAACAACCCACAAAGCAGAGCAAUCCUUUCUUCUGUCUCCAAACUUUUCUUCCAGAUGAGGGAAGGGAAGGCCGCAGGAAUCUCUGCAUGUGUUGCUCUCCUGGUUACUGGUGUUGCUGCCAAGUAGUCCCCCAUCUGUGAAUGCUGACCUCUCUGAAUGCUGUAGUCUGUCCUUUGAGGGCUGACUCUUGCCGCAAAACAACCUCUUUUGGAGGCUGCUAUCCUCACGCCAGAGGCAGCUGAAUGGAAAAUGUGGAGUGGCAGGUCUUGGGGUAUUCACAGCCUGCCUUAUUAAACUCUUCAAGGUACAGAGGGAAACAUAGUGCAUAACUGAGAGGAUGGAGAGGAGAAGUAAAUGCAAGGGAAGGUGGAGUCAGAGCACAAAGGAUGGAAAAAGCUAAGAGUGAAGGCCACUGAGGUCAAGCUGGCUGGCUAGGACAGCAUGACUGGCCCAUUUUGAAGAGAGGCAUGCUGUGACUCUUUAGUGACCUCUUCUGUUCGACUUGAGAGGUAAUAAAGGAGCAGUAUUUCCAAGAACCUGUGUUUAAAAGCUGCCCAACCCGUGUUUUACUUGUCAAAAAGCUAAAUUAUUUUAAGUCUCCAGGUAGGAGUCAGUCUGUGCUCUUUUCAAGGGUUCAUUACUGCAGCUGUUAGACCCAGUCAGAAUAUUGUUGUAUAACCUUUUCUGUUCCAGUGUGUAGUUAGUGUGCAGCAAUGGUUAAAAGAGAAAAUGAGAUUGUUGCUCUCCAUUUGUAACACACUGUAAGUGUUACUAUGUGCAAAUUGUUAGGUUUUUUGGACCACAUCCCGUACGUGAUUUAGAGAGAAUAGCAAAACAAAGGACAUUGUUAAACACGGGAGAAGGCUUAAGAUUUAUGUGACAAUAAUAUGGUAACUUAAAUGCUUUCUGGUUUUUAUUUAAAUUUAACAAAAAAUACUGUUCCACUUUGUGAUUUAGCUUUAAGAACUGUAACUGUUUUGCUGA